CGUGUGGGCCGCGUCGACGUGCGGCCAUAAUAGACAGCCGUGGUUCAUGCUGCAUCUAGUGUAGGUUAUAUAUCUAUGCAUGCCCAUUCCUGCAGUGAUGGAAUGUAAUUCUCGAUCAGCAUGACACAGUUUUCAGGAUUAGUGAGUUGAUAUCACUCUGAGGUUAAGUGGGAAACACAGCUGUAAAGUAGAAGAGAAACUUAUCACUGGAAGGGGUUUGGCAUCACGGGUGGCUUUAAAUGCUUCGGUUCAUGACUGAGAUGUCCUCCUGAGCUGAAGUUCACAUCUUGACAAAAACGUCCCUGAGAACUACUCACCUGACAGCACAAUGGCUUCCAAUAUAAUCGUGGAACAGCAGUUUUCUCACAAAUUCACUGUGACAGUGGUUCGAGCUGAGAACGUCACCAAGGGAGCGCUGGGUGACCUGUUGGACACACCAGAUCCCUAUGUGGAGCUGUUUAUCCCGACUGCCCCAGACAGCAGAAAGAGGACCAAGCACAUAGACAAUGAUAUCAACCCGAAAUGGAAUGAGACCUUCCACUUCAUUUUAGACCCCAACCAGCACAACGUCCUGAAGUUAACAUUAAUGGACGCCAAUUAUGUGAUGGAUGAGACACUUGGCACAGCGUCGUUUGACAUCACCAAGCUCAGAAUGGGCCAGACCAAGAACGAGACAUUCCUCAUUGGCAAAGUGCCAGUGAUAGCCAUAGCAGGCUCAGGAGGCGGUUUCCGUGCCAUGGUCGGCUUCUCAGGUGUGAUGAAGGCCUUGUUUGAGUCUGGGGUCCUGGAUUGUGCCACAUAUGUUGCCGGCCUCUCUGGAUCCACAUGGUACAUGUCCACCCUCUACUCCCACCCUGACUUUCCUAAUAAAGGACCAAAGGAUAUCAACAUGGAGCUGAUGAACAGAGUUAGCAGCAACCCCCUGAGGCUGUUGCUCCCGCAGCACAUCACCAACUAUAUCCAGGCCCUGUGGACAAAAAAGGCUGCAGGACAACCGGUUACUUUUACCGAUAUCUUCGGGAUGCUCAUAGCAGAGACCCUCAUACCCGCGAGGAUGGACACCAAGCUAAGUGACAUCCAGGAGAAAAUAAAACAGGCCCAGAGUCCUCUUCCUCUCUUCACAUGUCUGCAUGUCAAGCCAGAUGUUUCUGAGCUCAUGUUCGCAGACUGGGUGGAGUUCAGCCCAUAUGAAAUUGGGAUGGCAAAGUACGGCACCUUCAUGACCCCAGACUUGUUUGGAAGCAAGUUCUUCAUGGGAACUGUUGUGAAGAAAUACCAGGAAAACCCUCUUCAUUUUCUGAUGGGUGUGUGGGGAAGUGCCUUCUCAAUACUGUUCAACAGAGUGCUGGGAAUCAAAGGCACGAGUGGUGGUAGCACUAUGGAGGAGGAGUUAGAACAGAUCAAACCACAGCACAUCGUCGGAGACUACAAUUUGGACAAUGACGACGAGCUACGCAAAGGUGGGACAGAAAGCCAGGAGGCAGAGGAUGAGUAUCAUCGCACCGCCCAGGCCAGCUGGGUUCAACGAAUGUUAACGUCGCUCUUCAGUGACUCUGCCCUGUUCAACACAAGAGAGGGACGGGCUGGGAAGGUGCAUAAUUUCAUGCUGGGCCUGAACUUGAACAUAGACAUCCCUUUCUCUCCGAUCACUGGGCUCACAAGCCAUUCCUGUCCACCUGAGGAAGAGGUGGACGCGGUCACAGACCCUGAUGAAUUCGAUCGCAUCUAUGAGCCUCUGGACGUGAAGAGUAAGAAGAUCCAUAUAGUGGACAGUGGCCUAACCUACAACCUCCCCUACCCUCUCAUCCUGCGGCCACAGCGUGGUGUUGACCUUAUCAUCUCCUUUGACUUUUCUGCACGACCGAGCGACUCCAGCCCCCCAUUCAAGGAGCUUCUGUUAGCAGAAAAAUGGGCUCGAAUGAACAAGCUCCCAUUCCCCAAGAUUGAUCCCAAAGUCUUUGACCGCGAGGGACUGAAGGAAUGCUACGUCUUCAAACCAAAGAAAGGAGAAAAGAACUGCCCCACUAUCAUUCACUUUGUCCUGGUCAACAUUAACUUCAGGCAAUUCAAAGCACCGGGUAUCCCCAGAGAGACUGAGAAGGAGAAGGAGUUUGCUGAUUUUGACAUCUUUGACGACACAGAGACGCCAUUCUCCACUUUUAACUUCCAGUACUCCAACCAGGCCUACACCCGCCUCCAUGACCUCAUGGAGUUCAACACUCUAAACAACCUGGAGGUGAUUAAAGAAGCCAUUAAGGACUGCAUUGUGGCACGGAAGGAGAAUCCCUCAUGCCACUCCUUUCCCUUCUCCCUUAGUGAAAUCCCAAAAAAGAAGUCUCUCAAAAAAGAUAAAUGAUAACCAGUAGCCUGUUUUGGCUAAGUUGGUCUUUGGGGAUUUAUAGAUUCUACAUUUUCUUUUUGGAAAAUGUGAUUGUAUUGAUUUAUUUUCUGUAUACUAAAACCAGGAGGAUUUGUUAUGCUCUGGGUGUGAGAUAAGUGUUUAUUAAAAAAUCUUAACGGUUACUGGUAAAUAUCUCAUGAUUGCAUUUAUAUACAACACAUUGUGAAUAUUCAUCUGGCUGUUAUUUGCACAAAUGUGAUUGCUGAGAAAACGAUUGGUGUUUAUUAACCACAAACAGCUGAUGGUCAGUUGCCCUGCACUCUGUAAUAAAGACUGGCUGUUGAAAAUCAGCAUUUAUUAAACACUGCACUGUGACUGGACUGUUACAACUAACAUCUGGCUCUAUCACAAACAACAGGAGAUUGUUUGUGAGCCCUUUUUUGUGUUUGACAGUUACUGAGACAGCCAAACUAUGCUAUCUCCCAGUUCUUUGUGUUAGAAAGAAAUGGCCUCUUGAACUCCACAUGCUCCUUCACCUCACUUUAAUGUAUCAUGUUAGUUUUUUUUAAUUCCAGGUAUAUUUUCAGUUCAUGUGGACUCCUCUUGGCUUUGGCUCAUGUUGGCUGAGGCGAUGCUGCAUUUGCAUCUUUCCUGUGAUUUUGUGUGUAACCAUGGUGUUUGUAAAUUUUGCUUUGGGCUGUGAAUGCACAAAGAAGCAUGAUAUGUACUGUACUUGUUUGUAAAAUCCAUAAUGAACGUGCGACUAGGGAGUACGCAAAACAUCCAUGUUUUGUUUUUUUUUCCCACCAGAGGCUUGUCUAAACAUGUCAUUUUGUUUGAAAACAUGGACAAGGAGCUUGUUACCAUUGGUUUUGUUUGAUGGCAACUCCUAAACACGCUAAGUGCACCCCCUCUGGAUACCUCAAACAUCGCAAUGAUAUUUCCCCACCUACAGCGAAGGAGCACUCCCCCCUCCCCUGUAGGGAGUGUCUCGUAUUACUGUAAAGCCACAUUUUUGGAAAAACAACAUUUUGAUACAAUAGAAAUGUCCAGCCUUCCUCACUCCCUCUCUCUAUGAAGAUAAAUGUGUUCACUUUCCUGACCAUGUUGUUUCAGGCUGCCUUACAGAUACAGCAAUGGCUUGUUAUUCCCAGGCCAUUUCCUCCUUCAGCAAAAGCAGCUUGCUGCAGGACUCCUCAAAUGCCUUUGUACAAUGAAAGUGAAGCUUAGCUCAGAGCAAGGGAGGGGUGGGUGGAGUGGUGAAUACGAGGUAACGCGAGACCCACUGACAGCUGAAAACAGCGGCAUGCGGUGGAAUUUAACACACUACACCUAUACCCGCAGCUGUGGAGGCCUGGAAUUGGACACACUACACCUAUACCUUCAGGGGUCUUGAGACUGCACACAGAGCAGUGGAAUCAGCAGGUUCAUGACUAACAAACCUUUGCAACUUGCUGCUACAACAAUUUGUUUUUCUUUGGUUUAGAUGAUUUGUGUUGUGUGUGUUUUUAGUUACAGUAACAUUAGCAUCAUCAUUAUUUAAAGACAGAGUUCAACAUUUUGGGAAUUAUGUGUAAUGAAAUAUGUUGCUGUUAUCUGCUUUCUUGCAGAGAUUUGGAUUCAGACCAUUCUCAUGUCUGUAUGUAUGUACAGAGAGCAGCCUGUCAGCUUAGGCCACCAUAAAGACUGUAACCAAGGGGAAACCGCUAGCCUGGCUCUGUGUACAAACAGAAAUGUAUGCAUUGUAUUAAAGAAGCAAAAUGUAAAACUAAAAUUACUGCUUUGCGGUUAUAUGCCUCUGACAGUCAAAUUAAAGAGAUAGGCAAACCAUUAACACAUAUUUUUAACAUGUCAUUUCGACUUGGGCAGUUCCCUAACAAUAUGAAAAUUGCAAAGGUUAUCCCUCUGUAU